AUGGUGGAUCAGAGCAGAAAUUUCGUUCGUAACCAGAGUUCUGCAAACAAACAGCGACGCAGGGAGGAGACAAUAUAUUACCUGGACGUCUUCCAUCGACCGACUGAAUCCUCUGCGUCAGCAAUGUGGCCAUCGCAGACGGGAACAAUGCAACAACCAUCAGCUCCUGCUGAGCGCGCCAUGGAUCAUUCAUGGCCUCCUAUUGACCCGGACAAUUCAGCAAGGCCCGGUCAUGUCAAUGGUGAUACACCCAUGCAUCGACAUGCUGCAACGCCCUAUACUGCACCAGUGGGCCAGCCAGUACCUACAAAUCUGACACCUCAACAGUACCAACAAUACAGGCAACGCCAGCAGUGGCUUAGCCAACAAGUGCCUGUACAACAGCAAAUUCUCGAGCAGCGAAGAGCGUGCCAACAGGAAAUGAUGUAUCCACGGCAACCUAACCCACAGGUCAAUCCUCAGAUGCUUGCUCAUACUCAAUCACAGGCACGCAUGACCCCUCAACGACAAGUUCCAGGCCAGCAACAGCACGCAGACUUCCAGCAAGCAAUGUAUCAGCAACAGCAACAGCCAAUACUUGCUAACAGAUCACCACAAAUAAGCCCGCCUUUAGCUCAAUAUCCUGCAACUGGAUUUCGAGGUGGAGUAACAGGGGAUCCAGGACCAUCGACACAACAAGUGGUCAGACCACAAACACCUGGACAGGAAGCCAGAGCGAGGUCUCGCGUAAACACUCAAUCAAGACUGCAAGGGAUGCAACAACAACAACGAAGGUUAGAAAUAUUAAGAAUGCAGCGUACAUCUCAAAACAAUCAGCAUAAUCCGGUGCCGAUGGUUCAAAGCCCAGUACCACAGGCACCAACACCGGUGCUUCAAGUACAGGCUAGACAUCGUCCCUCCGCUGAACAGCAGCAUUACCGCAACAUGCAACAGCAAGGUCAAUUCCAGACACAUGUUAUGCAAGGCCGAGCUCGACAGUACCAACCCAGCCCGUUCCUUAAUCAGCCCCGACCUGUCCGUCCGCAGGUAACACAAAUGCUCGAAAACCAGGCUCAGGCUUUCAAUCGGAUUACUGAAUUAUCACCGUCUCCAGUGCCGCAAGAUCAAGCUCCUAGAAUGGCGAAUUGUGCGACAUCGACGGCACCUCAACUUAGAGGCCAACUAGGUAAUCACAAUGGGAACUUGACUGUAGCCAAGACUAUGCCGCCUGGUGAGGGUUUCGAUCGCGAUCGAUCGACCACAGUUUCUAACACUGGUCGGAAACGUACCUUUCAACGGACUAGCGAGGAUCGCAGGAAUCUAUCGUCGUCGCCACCCGUGAGUAAGGACCAACAGCAGCAGAAGAAGCGAAAGAUUGAUAAGGGAAAGACGAGCGUCAGAGAAGCGCCAACACCACUUCCAACUGGAGAAGAGCACAUCCGUCUUUCAGGAACCAGUACUGCUGCCACGGGGUCGUCACCACCACCGUGUACUUCGAGCACUGAGCCUGCUACAGAAUUUGACGAGCUCUUUGAGACCACAAUUGCUGCCCAGAGUCAAGAUUCGGCAGAAGGAUUAUCGGUGAUUGACCUCCCUGCUGCUCCCGCUAGUACUAGCACUGAUGUCACUAGCAUUGGACACACUCUUUCGAGUGAUGAGUAUGUCAAGUUUGCCGAUAGUCCUUGCACAAGUCCUGAGAAUUGGUCAACUUCAACAGGAGUAGAUGCAGGCCAUCAGAAAUCACCAGAUCUAGAGGCGUCAGCUGUACUUACGAAGGAAGAGCUGGAAGAGUUUGGUCCUCUGAUAGCUUUCCUUGGUAGAGUCGAAGAGCGAGGCGAAAUGUCAAUGUUUCUGGAUGAGGAGUAUUGA